AUGGGAAUGUCGACCGGAACAACGACCACGUCGCCCAUUCAGAUGCAACAACUCCCCGCAAAUCAAAGUCAGUCGCAGCCAGUGCUUCAAGCCCCUGUUCGCCAAUCAACAGGAGGCUCACUAUCCGCAAAACUAGCUGCAGCUCGUCCUAUCCAGAGCUUUCUGACGGUGACAUCCUCGCAAGGCUCCCAACAGCAAACAUUCAGCGAUGACGAGAAAAGAACAUGGGCAUUCAAAUUCAAAGGCUAUCCGGCGCUUGCUCGAUGGAUGGGGGCUUCGGAAGACUUCUUCCUCAUACGACGCUUCGGCGACCUCAACGCUCGAGUUUUAUUGGCCAUGCAGGACGAUAUUAUGCAGUUGGAAGAAAGGCUGCAAACAAUCGACAAACGCUACGAGGAUGCAUUCUUCGACAAGGCUACUCAAAAACCACUGACACCAUCCCGCAAUGAUACGUUACGGUGCGACCCGGAUCCCGAGCGCAGACAGAUCCUCGGAAAGCUGAGACCUAUGCUAAAAGAAUAUAACGAAAGCGUCGUCGCCUUCUCUGACAUGAGAGCUCGCACCACCGCCAACGAACGACAAAUAGCAAAUCUCGAAAACUGGGUGUACUACAACUAUCCCGGCGCCAUUGAUCCGGAAGAGACUAAAUUCGUCAAGCAUCACGAAGAUCUCAUCCCUAUCAUCACCAAGGGCAGAUCACCACUGCGGCAUCUGGUUGAAAAGUCCCGCAAACUCCGAUCCUGUGGGCUCUUCAGCGUCAGCAAAAGUGGAGGCACUCCCACGAGCAGUUUCUACAGCGGCCGCAAAAUGGAUGCUUUUACCAACGCGGUCAUCAUUGUGCUCGGCCUGAUGAUGUUGUUCGGCCCAAUUUGGUGGCUGAAUGCCAUGCAGAGCGCCGAUGGCAAAUUGGGUAUCAUUACGGGCUUCACCUUUUUGUUUACGAUUGUCCUAGUCUGCAGCAGCGUGGAACAACCCUUUCAAAUCCUGGCAGGAACGGCAGCCUACGCUGCGGUAUUGAUGGUCUUUAUGCAGACCACGUCGUCGCAGACCUGA